ACUACGUCACUAGUCAGUACUACAGUAGGAUGUAGCAAGCUUUUUUUAACUGUUUUAGCUUUUAUUGUUAUUAGUCUUUCAAGCAGACAGCACACAAGAGGAAUAUAGGACACUAGAGGACACUACACACACACAACAGCCAGUCACUUUUGAAUAAAAAUAAACGUGUUCAACUUCUGUUACGAAUGAUAAAAUAACCUAGUCAAAUCUUAAGACUCAAGAGCUCAACAUUCAAAACUUGUUUACCUCUCAUGUCGUAACAAUGACUUGUUCGACAAUGAAUGAAGAUAUUGAUAUUAUAGAGGAAUAUCCGCUAAGAGCUGAAACCGUUAAUAAGGUUGAGCAUCAAGAUGAAAGAUUGCGUUCUUUAAGCUCUGGAAAUGCAUUUCCUCUUGUGAAAGCAGCUUUAAAACUGAACUCACAAAAUAAGCUGACAUCAUUUUUCAGUAUGCCAAGCACUGAAAAAACAACUGGAAAUGUCAUAAAUGAGGAUUAUGAGAUUCAGAGCCAUAUGAUCGUAAACAAUUAGGAGGAAAUUGAUCUUCUUCGUGAUGUAUAAUCCUUUUCAUUUGAUACCAGCAAAAAAACCUCAACAAAUACUGUUUAAAAUGUUGAUCGAUCUACCCUUGUUGAAAAUGAAACAGCCCUUCAAAAAAACACUUAUCCAGCUAAGUCUCAAAUAAGCCAGCCUCUACGCCAGAAACCGUAUCCACCUUAAAAUCCUUCUAAGUCUGUUACCAGCGAUAAGCAAACUGAUGGCUCCAAAGCUUCCGACCAUACCGUUCUGGCUAGCGCAUCUGGUCAAACAGAUCAGUCUUCUCAGCCAACAGACGUUUUUAUUGCAACCUUCCAUCCGAGCCAGUCUGGUUGGCCAAUACAUCCUGGCCAUUCUAAGCAGUCCAGCAGUUCCGUGCAGGCUACCAGUUCCGUACAGGCUACUAGUUCCGUGCAGGCUAGCAGUUCCGUGCAGGCUAGCAGUUCCGUGCAGGCUAGCAGUUCCGUGCAGGCUACCAGUUCCGUGCAGGCUAGCAGUUCCGUGCAGGCUACCAGUUCCGUGCAGGCUACCAGUUCCGUGCAGGCUAGCAGUUUCGAUCAGCCUGAUCAGUCGGAUAAGGCAAACCAUGUUCGUUACCAGCAAUUCAACGAAGCUUGGCUGAAUGACGAACAGUUUAAACCAUGGCUAGAAAAACGGACAGUUUCCACUGAAAAAUCUAAAAUCAUCAAAGCUUAUUGCAUCCCGUGCAAUAAAAUGAUUGGGAACCACAAAACAACGUUAAAGGACCACUCAAAGAGCAAAAAUCCCAUCAUGCUUGCACCAAGCUAUGAAGUUGUCGUUAAACAACGACAAUGUUUGGCAGACUUGGUUUCGGGAAGCGUUCUUUUAGCCGAUGCUGUCACAGAAUAUGAGAUGACCCUUGUCUGCUUUCUAAUCCAUCAGAAUUUGCCAAUUUCAUCGAUUGAAUCUACUGUGUCCACUCUUCGUCGCUUUCAUCCUACUGAUGACAGAUUAAAAAAACUUCAGUUGGGCAGAACUAAAACGACUGCUAUUAUCAAAGAUGGUUUUGGAGUAGGCCUUAAACUAAGCCUCUACGAAAAACUUAGAAAAACAUUCUUUUCCAUUGUGAUAGACAAAACCACAGAUGUCAAGGUCCAAAGCCAAUUGGCCAUCAUGGUGCAAUAUUGGGACGCUAUCUUGUGCCAACUUGUGGUUGACGUGUUGGAAUUCAUUGUUUGUAGGGAUCCGUCAGCUGAUGGCUUAUCAAAGUCUAUCUUAACUCUAUUAGAGAAACAACAGAUUCCUAAGGACUGGGUGGUGGGAUUCUGCACAGACACCUGUAGUGUUAUUGUUCGGGAAAAAGAAAUUGGAUUUAACGAUUCUCCAAGAAACGAUUCCGUCAAUUGCCAUCAUAAAAUGUUCCUGUCAUUCCAUCCAUUUGGUCGCGUCCAAUGCCAACAAGAAACUUCCAGAGUUACUUUAACACUUGAUUUGGUCAAUUUUCGCUCACUUCUCAAGAAGCACGAGCCGUCGACGGAAAUUGGUGGCUUUUCAGCAAUUCGUUAACAUCGAAGAACAUGUGAUGAUUUCACCGGGACAGACGCGUUGGCUUUCGUUAGAAUAUUGUGUUCUGCGAGUUUUAGAGCAAUUUGAUGCUCUUAAACUUUAUUUCGAGAAAGAAGACAGGGAUGAAAAGACCAAGACAACGACAGAAAUCCUUCAUUAACUCAAUGAACGUUCAACCAAACCACUGCUUCUGUUCAUGAAAUAUGCUAGCAAAUUCGUUGAAAUGUUUAAGAGCUCUUAAACAUUUCAACGAAUUUAACACCAUUUUCCAAUCUGAAAUGCCCAAACUGCAUUUACUGCAAAAGGAAGUUUGUGAAAUGCUGACGUCCUUGGCAAUCAAUUUCAUGGUUGUACCCACACAGCACAUUUGGUUCCCCAGGACCUCCCAAAAUCCUCUUAAUUUCCUCCUCAGUCUUACUUGUGAGCUUCCUAAAUUCCUCUAAAAACCAUCUUUUUGGUUACCUGGUGGCUUCCUGAUAACCUCCUCAGUACCUCUCUCACCUUCCCGAGGAUCUCCCCAUAACCUCCAAUAAUGAAACAAAUUAACCAUAUUGUCACGCGAGUUGUAUUGGAACAAGAACAAACGAAUACAACAAGUGAUGACUUAAAUUCUAGACAAUUAUUCACUUUUAACUAUGCGAAGAGAUAACCAAUAUCCCUUUUCACCCGCGACAAUAUAUAUACCGGCUAGUAUUCCGUACCCAGCUCCGAUUUUCAGCAAUAAUUGUUAUGAUAAAAUGAAUACAUAUAAACAAAACACA